UAUCAUUAUGUAUACACAAGAAGAUCAUUAACCAUCCAGCUGAAUACACCCCAUCUGAAGUAGCUUUAGCAUUUCUAUCCGCCAAUCCGCUAAGAAAUACGACUUCUUGUAGCAUAAUCCUUUCACUGUUUCCACCAACGAGUUCGUUGUAUCAUAGUCGUUGUAUAACAGUCUUCCGUUCCAUAUAAGACACACAGUCGCUUAUUCUUUCACAAAACCACUUGCGAUGGUGUCGCGAGCAAAGCUCCAUUCUGGUUACUAUAACUUGACCAGUCUCUCGUUUUAAUUCCUGCACUUCAUUCAACCGAUACGCCAUAAUAAAAACUUGUAAUAAAAACUGUAGAAACCUGUAUUAUCGGUUAGUUCAGUGUUUCGUGGAAAUUAUUCUAUUUAAAAUUAAUUGUAAUGAUAAAAGUGAUAAUUAAUUUUAAUGACAAUAUUAUAUUUUAAUGAUAUUUUUUAAUUAUUCAUCGAUAAUAUAGAUAAUUACUUAAUAAUCACUUAUAUUUCAUUAUACAAGAUGUUACAUAAUGGCAAUUGCGUGUUGUUUGAUGAAUCUUCGAGAUAUUUUUAAAUUGGUAAAAAUUAAUUGUAGUAGAUCUUUUUUAUAUAUUUAUUUUCAAUUAUUUAUAAACAGUUUGUCGAGUAUAUAAUUUGUUGUUUGUUGGUGAUUUGUGAAUAAAUUAAGGUAAUUAGAAAUAUUGUAGAACUCUUUAUAGUGAUUCUGCAGGAUGAUUUUCUACGACACGAUUAGAAUGAAACAGCAAGUGAAAUAUCCUCCUUUAUCUUUAAAUGUACUAAAUGAUUUGUGUCUGACUUGGAAAAACAUUUCUUAUACAGUCGAAAGAAAGACCAAUGGCGGCAGUUUUCGAGCGAUUUUCGGUUUUCAAUACACUGAACUCAUUCAACUACUCCAUGGAGUCAGUGGUAUAGUUAAUUCUGGAAUGUUGAUGGCGAUUAUGGGACCAAGCAGACGUGUCAAAGGCAAAGCGACAGGUGACGUCUUGUUAAAUGGAAAGCCUAUCGAUACCGAGCAGAUGAUAAGGAUAUCUGGAUUCGUUCCACAAACGGACUUGGCAAUCGAAUCGCUGACAAUCCAAGAGCAUAUGGAAUUCAUGGCGUGCAUGAAAAUGGACAGAAGGCUGAGGGCCAACUUCAGACGGCAACGUAUAACGCUUCUGUUGAGAGAACUUGGCCUGGCAAAAUGCACCUCCACAAAACUAUCCGCUCUGUCUGGUGGUGAGAGAAAACGUGUCACUCUGGCUGUUGAGCUACUCACCGAGCCGAGCAUUCUCUUUUGCGACGAGCCAACUACCGGAUUGGACAGCUAUGGUGCUAUGACUGUGGUGAGGACGCUCAGGGAAGUGGCGGCCAGCGGAAGGAUAGUCAUUUGCUCGUUGCAUCAACCUGCUUCCGGUUUAUUGGAGAUAUUCCACGAGGUUUUACUACUCUCUAGUGGUAGAGUCGCCUUCCAAGGUUCCUCUAUAGAUGCCACGGAAUUUUUCGAUAGUUUGAAUCUUCCUUGUCCUCCAACUUUCAAUAGUGCCGAAUUCUAUGUUUCUCAACUAUCCAUUAUUCGUGACAAAGAGGUUGAGAGUUAUAGAAAGAUAAACUGGAUUUGUGAUCAAUACGAGAAAUCUAAAUACGGUCUGAGGGUGUCGAAAUUGAUCGAAUACUUUUGCGUCACGGAGUCCAUGAAGCUGCCUUCCAUAUUUUCAGACGUCUCUCUGUCUCUGAAAAAUUUCAAAAAAGCUCGGCUUCUGACGCAAUUGCACUGGCUCGUAUGGCGUAUCUACCUCGACUACAAGAGGAAUUACACGACUCUUUUCUUGCGAUUCAUAACGUACAUGUGUAUAGGAGUGCUGAUAGGGUUGCCCUUUAUGAACAUCUCGGGACAAGCAAUGAAUCAAGACACUAUACAGAAUAUGCAAGGUCUUUUGUACUUGGUGGUCGUCGAGACGGUGUUCACCUUCAAUUAUGCCGUUUUCUAUACAUUUCCAAGGGAAUUACCACUUUUAUUACGCGACAUCGCUAGUGGACUCUAUGGUCCAGCGCCAUAUUAUAUCAGCAAAGUUAUCGUUUUGAUACCUGGGGCGAUAAUACAGCCAUUGCUAUAUUCAGCUUUCAUAUUCGCAAUCACGGGACUGAAGGGUGGACUUUUAGGAUUCGUUUACUUCGCACUGCCAGUUGUUGUCUGCGCCAUUUCAGCAUCCGCUUUUGGUUUAUUUUUAUCGGCGUCGUUCAAAUCGAUGGAGACGGCAUCUCUAUUUUCUGUGCCAUUGGAUUUUCUUGGUCUGAUGUUCUGCGGGAUCUAUUUACAUUUGGGGAACUUGGCGCCUGGUAUCGCUUGGUUAAAAUACCUAUCGCAAUUCUAUUAUGGCCUCGAAGCGGUUUCCUUGACGCAAUGGCUUCUGAUCGAUCAUAUAAAUUGUUCUUCAGAUCCGGAAGAGCCGUGUAUUUCCAGCGGAUUAGAGGUUCUAGAGAAAUAUGGUUACUUACCAAUUCAUUACACCAUGGAUAUAAUCGGUCUUCUAAUAAUUUUUUCGUUCAGCCAUCUGGCAGGUUUUCUGGUAAUCAGACACAGAAGUCGCAAGGAACCUGUCUAUUAAAUAUUUUUAUUUUAAUUUAAAUCACCUAUAUUUUUAAAUUUAUUUUACAAAAUGCACAAAUUUUUAUAUAAUUUAUUUGUAUUACCAUUUCUAAAUUUAUAUAAUUAA